CCACUUUUCCAGUCAGUAGUCUCUCUAUGACCCCCGCCCUCGCCCUCCUCCUUUUUCCUCCUCCUCUUUCUCUUCCUCCUCCUCCUCUCUUCCCUCCUUCCUCCAGGCAGUCACAAGAAAAGCUUCAGCUCCAGCCGGUAGAGCGCGCAGCGUAGGGCGCACGGAGCUCGCUGUCAGCUACCCACGGCCAGACUUCCCAAGCCUCAGCAGCAGGGGAGCCUGGCAGCCCGAACUGGCACGGCAGUUACCAUCUCACCAGCCCCAGCCGGGCCCGGGGCUAGAGCGCCCAGGGCCGGCGAGCAGCGGCUAACAGUGACUGCUCAGACUCUGCUCACGCUUAGUCUCAAGGCGCCCGCCCGCCUCUGUUUGGGUACAGCAGCCAGCCCUGAGGGAGGGCGUCUGAGAGUGAAAGGCGGUGAAGGAGAAGCCGGCAAGUGAGGUGACAAAGCUACUCAACUGGAAAGUUCCCCCGAGUCUGAGAAGGUUCCACUGUCGCCGGCUAACUGAAGAGGCUAGAGGAGUCAAGGAGCUAGGGGCCACUGAGUCGGGUGACUGGGCAAAAUGGGAAAUGGCUCUGUGAAACCCAAACAGUCCAAGAUUCCAGAUGGCCAUGCGGGGAAGUUUUCCGGCACAACUGAUUCCCUUAGGAGCAAAGUGAUAGAACUGGAAAGGGAACUAAAGAAGAAGGAUGAAGAGCUGCAGCAGAAGGAAUAUCAUCUGAGAGACCUGCAAGAAAAGCUCUCAAAGCAGACUAUUGCUCUUGCUGAGAUCACUGAAGAACUCCAAAACAAGUGCAUCCAGCUGAAUAAGCUACAAGAUGUGGUUAACAUUCAGGGAGGAAACUCACUUCUAUUUUCUCCAUGCAAAGUGUCUCUGCAGAUUAACCGGAGGAGCUCUGGCUUGGUCUCUCUCCACAGCAGGAGAGGUGCCAAGGAAGGGGUAUCUGCUGAACCAACCACCAAGACCUUUGCAGAAUUUUCAUUUGAGAAAGCAAGAGUCAGGAAGGACUCAAGUGACAAGAAGCUCAUCACAGAUGCCCUGAAUAAAAAUCAGUUUUUGAAGAGAUUGGAUCCUCAGCAGAUCAAAGAUAUGGUGGAAUGUAUGUAUGGAAGAAACUAUCCACAAGGCAGUUAUAUUAUUAAGCAAGGAGAACCUGGAAAUCAUAUUUUUGUCUUGGCAGAGGGAAGAGUAGAGGUAUUCCAAGGGAACAAGCUUCUAUCAUCAAUCCCUAUGUGGACAACAUUUGGCGAACUAGCCAUUUUAUACAACUGCACAAGGACUGCCUCAGUAAAAGCUGUCUCCAAUGUGAAGACGUGGGCACUAGAUAGAGAAGUAUUCCAGAAUAUUAUGAGAAGAACAGCCCAAGCUCGAGAUGAACAGUAUAGACAGUUCCUUAGGAGUGUGUGUUUGUUGAAGAAUUUACCUGAAGAUAAACUAACCAAGAUCAUUGACUGCUUAGAAGUGGAAUAUUAUGACAAAGGAGAUUACAUCAUCAGAGAGGGGGAGGAAGGAAGCACCUUUUUCAUUUUAGCCAAAGGAAUGGUGAAAGUCACUCAGAGUACUGAAGGCAAUGAUAAACCUCAAGUUAUUAAAACACUACAAAAAGGUGAUUAUUUUGGAGAAAAGGCUCUCAUCAGUGAUGACGUUAGAUCGGCUAACAUCAUCGCAGAAGAAAAUGAUGUGGCAUGCUUGGUUAUUGAUCGAGAAACAUUCAGUCAAACAGUUGGGACCUUUGAAGAACUCCAAAAGUACCUUGAGGGAUAUGUGGCAAAUCUGAAUCGUGAUGAUGAAAAAAGACAUGCCAAGAGAUCCAUGUCUGGCUGGAGGCAGACCAAACCUCUGUCUCUAGAGAUGAUUCAGCUAAAGGAGAAGGUGGCCAAAUUUUCUUCCUCGUCCCCAUUCCAGAACCUUGAAAUUGUCACCACACUGGGCGUUGGUGGGUUCGGAAGAGUUGAACUUGUUAAAGUGAAAAAUGAAAAUGUGGCAUUUGCUAUGAAGUGUAUAAGGAAGAAACAUAUUGUUGAUACUAAGCAACAGGAGCAUAUUUAUUCAGAAAAGAAAAUCCUGGAAGAGAUGUGUUCUCCAUUUAUUGUAAAAUUUUAUCGUACUUUCAAGGACAGAAAGUAUGUCUAUAUGCUUUUGGAGGCCUGUUUAGGUGGGGAACUGUGGAGUAUUCUAAGAGACAGGGGCAGCUUUGAUGAACCCACUUCUAAGUUCUGUGUUGCCUGUGUGACAGAAGCAUUUGAUUAUUUGCAUCGCCUGGGUAUUAUCUACAGGGAUUUAAAGCCAGAGAAUUUAAUUCUAGAUGCUGAGGGAUACCUUAAACUGGUGGAUUUUGGAUUUGCAAAGAAGAUUGGAUCUGGACAGAAAACGUGGACCUUCUGCGGGACCCCGGAAUAUGUGGCUCCCGAAGUCAUUCUCAACAAAGGGCACGACUUCAGUGUGGAUUUUUGGUCUUUAGGAAUCCUAGUCUAUGAACUGCUGACCGGCAACCCUCCAUUUUCUGGCAUGGACCAAAUGAUGACUUAUAAUUUGAUUCUCAAGGGAAUUGAGAAAAUAGAUUUUCCCAAGAAGGUGACACGACGCCCUGAAGAUUUGAUUCGCCGACUUUGCAGGCAAAAUCCUACCGAAAGACUGGGAAACCUGAAGAAUGGAAUCAAUGAUAUCAAGAGGCACAGGUGGCUGAAUGGUUUUAACUGGGAGGGACUGAAGGCAAGAAGCUUGCCAUCACCUUUAAAAAGAGAGCUCAAUGGACCCAUAGAUCACAGCUACUUUGACAACUAUCCCCCUGAGAAGGGUAUACCCCCAGACGAAAUGUCAGGUUGGGAUAAGGACUUCUGAAGGAAGUAAAAGAGUUUUCUGCUUCCCACACAACACAGAAGAGGCACAAAAGGAACAGUCAUUCACCCUGAUGCCCUCCAGAAGUAUGAAGCCAUUUCAUGUGAAUAUGUUUUGUAAAGCCUGGCAGGGGAAGAGGACCCCUCUCCCGUGGAUUCAGGGUUCUUUGGGAGCGUGUUUGAAUUCCAAUAUCUAAAUGACAAGCCGCUAGCUACCCAUGGUACCUAUCAACAAUAUCCUUCACUUUUCUUAAAUGUUGAAGGUUACCCCAAACAACUUUUGGGGAAGAAGCACAGUUUCUUUUGCCUUCUACUUGCCUUCCCAUAUUCCUUUUCUAAGAUUCCUUCAAAAGUAAAACAUAUUUGAGAGCCAGCUGAGACAUCUUGUUAUAGGAGGAAACAAGGAAAAGGAAGAAAUAACUCUGUCAUCUCAAGUCAUCCUGCAGCCAUCCUUGCACCUCCUUAGAAAUGACUAUCAUAGAGCUCUUUGGAACUGUUGUUUGGUUAUGAGCAAAUAAAAGAGGCUGGCAGUAUAAAAAUUCUGCUUGUAGUCUUCAGUCUCUAAUGUCUGACGUGACAAUUCAAACUAAUUCCAUAUGUCAAACACAGAUGCUGGGAAAUGUGAAGAUUUGAAGAUUUUGGACUUUUUCUACUUUUGGUGAAAUACCACUCGUGCCAGCUUCAGCAUAAUGUAGUUAUCAAAGUGAGACAGUGGAAAAAGUGACUAGUUUUGAAUAUGAGGACCUGGGUUCAAAUCUUCUAUUUUCUACUUACUACCCAUGACAAGCCAUCUAUUUUUUCUUACCCUCACUUUUUUCAUCCAUAAAAUGAGGGAAAUGGAUUAGAUGGUCAUUGAAGUUACAGAUCCUGUAAAGUGAACCCCUAAAGAAGAUACUUCUAUUCUUCUGGGAUUAGCCUUGAUACCUUCAAGAAAACCGUCUUUAUGGGAAACAAAAUAACUGCUUAAAUGCAGUUACAAUGUGCAGGGAAGCAACAUCUUCCCUUGGACAAUGGGAAAAUACUGCAUCUUAUUAUUAUUAUUCCCUUUGCUUCCUGUCCUCUGAUCUAUUUCUUCUUGUUCUCAAAGUAAAAAGCACAUGGAAACAUGGCAUUUAUUCAUCAUUUAAAAAUAAAUUUCAUUAGCUCAAGAAACUGAUUCUAGAGCUUUGAAAUAUUUAGCCAUGUCUAUGAAUGUCCUCAUUAGAAAAUCAAAGGAAAAGACUAUAGCAAAUUUAAAAGGAAGCUCAAUUAUGCAAAUGUUGAUUAUUAUGAUCAGCAAUGAGUCAAUAAUUCUUUACUAAGACAUUUGAGGGAUGAAUGUAUUUUUUCUGGUUUCAAAAUUUGAAAGUAAAACAGGAGCUUAGUAAAAUAAGAGAAUUUUAAGUAAAUGCGUCCACAAGGAUUCCAUUCACUUUCCCCUACCACUGCCCCUAUCAAAUGAAAGAUCAGCAGGAUCACAGAUAUUAUUGAAGACAACAUUAGAACUACAUAAAUACAUGUAUUUCCCACCAAUGGGGAAAAUCGUAAGUGAGAAUGGAGAUUUACCUCUCUCACUUGGCAGGACUACGUAGUUUUACUUUGCACUCACUCCUCCAGUGAUCCUACAUGUUCACAGAGCUGUUUCAAGUGCCAAUUCAAGAGUAAAGAAAAUCAGCUAUGUAUUUCUCUCCCUUCCCCUGCAAUAAUCAGCUGACACAAGAAAGUCCCAGUUUAGGAAUGCUUAACUAUAGUACUAACAAGAUGAGUUUUCCCUUUUGGGAUCAUUUUGCUAAACCAAAGAAAACAUUUUGCUUAUGGAGUUCAUUUUUUAAACUUGUAUACUGUAUAUAGUAGUACCAUUUUUAAUAGGAUGGAGAUAUUGAAGAACACCUAAGGUCUUUUAAAAUGCCUUUCUUUUCCCAUUUGGUUUGUAUAUAUUGUAAUUUUCUAGUGUGUAAAUAUAUAUGUAUGAAUACAUAUAUUUAAAUUACAUAUUUAAAUUGAGAAGCUACAAAUAUAAUAAGUGGAUAUUAUUAAGUAUAUCUGUACAGUUCUAAUAGCUAUAUUUUCCUCAUAGAAUUUUCACAGCUGUAAUUCUUGGAAAACAUGAAUAAUCCUAAAUUAAAAAAAAAAGAAACAA